AUGUCCGACAAGGAGACCUAUGUGCGCCUCUUCUACAAGGGCACCAGUCUUGUUGUGCCAAUGUCGUUUGUGCUGAACGAACACCCUGGCGGUGCUGAGUACAUCCUGCAGUACGCCAACCAGGAUAUCACGAGCGCCUUUGAGGACAUGAACCACUCUACCAACGCGCACGCACUUCUCAACACCUUUGAGGAGGUUGAGGCUAAGGAGGGCGUCAGGGAUAUCUACAACCCGGCAGAAUAUCAACGCAAGAUCAAGCUAUCGCACAGCUACGACGAGGAGCGUCGCUGCAUCACAGAGAUGCGCCGGUGGCGCCGGAGAACCACGCUGAUUACGGCGAUGACGACAUUGGCAGCGAUGGGUGUUGCCGCCUACGCGCUGCGACGUCAUCUGCAGCGCGCAUGA